CCCACAAGUAAAUACUUGCCUUUGAGGCAAAGCAUAGAAGUCACAACAGUCACUGUGUUAAGGACUCGCUGACGGAGAACGGCUUCUGACUAACCGUGUACCGAGGCUAAAACAAAAAGUUCUGUCACUAUGUCUUCUUCCGAACCCGGAGCGGCGCCCGAGGAGCGGUGCGAGUUCCUGGAGGAAGUGAUUGAGGAGGUCCUGGCUUGGCAGCCGCGCGUGCGCGGGGGCAGGAUCUUGUACAUCGGACCGGGUCUUGGCAGCGAGGUGUCUCGUCUUGCGCAGGAGGCCGGCCACUUGACGUUCGUCUUCCACUCGAGAGGAGGCAACAAUGUCGAAAGGAAAAAAACUACAGACAAAGUUACCUACAAGUGUGAUGACGUUACUGAGCUGAGCUUUCCUCCGGGUUCUUUCGAGCUGGUCGUGGGCGCCUGGGUCCUCUCCGGCCUCAGCGACCUCCAGGCGGACGAUUUCCUGCACCGCGUUCUCGAGUGGCUGGUGCCUGAGGGUCACUUCGCCUUCAGAGAGGCGUGCGGCUUCCUUGAAGAUACUCGGCCAUCAAACAGCACGUUGCCGAGAUCUCCAGUGUUUUACUGUCAAAUGCUGCAUUCAGUUACUACCAAGUCCUCUUCAUUUACCAUCUUGAGGGCUACAAGUUUACAGUCAUACGUUACUCAUGAGGGUGACCCCACCAAGUUGUGCUUUCUGGCUCAGCGCUCAGAGGCGAACAGCAGGACAAGGCACGCUGUGGACAUUCGGUAUUCAAAGUCCUUUAUCCUUAGGAUGGAAAGGUUACUUGGCCACACUUGGCUUUCAACUGGAGGCGAGUCCACAACAAGGGAGUUCUGCCAGCGCCUCGGCCUCCGGCCUGGCCAGAGGGUGCUGGACGUCGGCUGCGGGUCAGGAGGGUCACCCUUCUUCAUGUCGCGGCUUUACGGGGUCCACGUGCACGGGGUCGACAUAUCCAGCAACAUGAUGGACCUUGCAGUGCAGCGGCAGACUCACCUCCGACGCGCGCUGAGGAAGAGAGUGCAUUUCGAACUAAGAGACGUCUUGGAUGCUGAUUAUGACGCCUGCAGCUAUGACGUCAUCUACAGUCGUAACUCCAUCUUCCAUAUUGAGAAGAAGGAGGAAUUAUUCGCCAAACUCUAUCGCUGGCUGAAACCCGGCGGAAUCCUGUUCGUCACAGAUUACUUUGCGAAAUCCACGCCACCCUCGGAAUCCUGCGCCGAAUUCUCCGCCAAGACAUGCUCGACUUUGGUGACGAUCAGCGGCUACGAGCGAGUUCUCACCGGGGCGGGCUUCAGCGUGGAGUCACGUGACCUCGCCGACGACUUCUGCAGCAUUCAUCAAAAGGAGCUCGACGCCUUCCUGUCAACGCGCGAGGCCUUCCGUGAAGAGUAUUCCCAGCUGGAGUUCGACGAAAUGGUCGCCCUGGCUACCCAUAAGAUCACGUUGGUCAAGGGAGGCCAGAUAACGUGGGCCUCUUUCAUCGCUCGCAAGUGAGAGUUCACUGAAUGACAGACCAUUAGAAA